AUGAUUCUUCGUACCGAGUCCAAGCUUGUACUAGCUUGUAUUGUAUUAGUUACUGGCAUUGAAGAAAGCGAGCGGUAUUUAGAAGCUCCAGAAGUGACAAGCGUGUCUUUGGCAGAACCAGAAGGCCUGUAUGUUCAGUGGUGGCCUGUGAGACAAAGGAACGAUGAUCCAGUAAUUGGGUACAAGAUAAGGCUUUGGGAAAUACCAGAAUCAUCAACAACUGAUAUUCAGUUGGUUGAUGCAUACAAGUAUCCGGGGACAGUGAAACACGAGGAAUCCUCUAAGUCAUUUUCUGUCAACAACACGGACCCAAUUUCCAGAGAAGAGAUCGUUGGGUCUGCGAACAAAGGUUUGAUGUCGGCUACAGUAAAAAUCAAGUAUAAUACGAUUUACGAAGUUCGAGUAUUGGGCUUUAAGAAGGACGUUGAUGGGCCUAUGUCUUUACCUACGAGGAUUAAGGUGGUGAAAGGGAGUGGCUAUCAGGUUGUUCUACAAAGGUCAGUAACAGGUUGUCGGAUUACCGUCCCUUCGGAAGUACAACACGGCAAUGACCCAUAUCCAUACGAACACAAUUUUAAUUUUUAA